AUGUCGGUGCUGUGUGUUGCCGUCUGGAUGUCUGUCUUUGUGACAACUGCGGCGCAGCAACGCUGCACGUCAGACCUCAAGCAGCCCAUAGAUGCAAGUGUGGUGAGCUAUUGUGCUCCGAAUAUAAAGAACUACAGUCAUCUCUUGAUUGACAGUGAUAACAAUCAGAUUGUUGUAGCAGCAAGGUCUGAGCUUGCCCUGUUGCCUUACAAUUUGUCGGCAUCACUGGCUACACGGAAAAAUGUAUCUUCAUCACUCGCUCAAAUCAAGACGUGCAGACUCACACUCAAAGAGGCCACAUGUUACAAUUUCUUCAAGUUGCUCCUGAAAGACACAAAGUCGAACAACAUCCUAGCAUGUGGGACAAACGCCAAGAAACCUCAAUGUCAUUUCUACGACAGUUCAACACUUGCUGAUGCCACACCGUCAGUAUGGAGUUCAAUAGGUGACUUUGAUGGAUAUGUACCUGAGCGUUCCGACACGUCGAGCACAGCUGUGUAUAUCUCAGACACUGGCAGUGUGAUUGCCGGCUCUUCUCGGAGACCGAGUACAUAUGCCAUUUCACGAUUUACUCCCGGCGGAACUCUGAAAGAGAUCCGUACUACAUUUGAUACACAACGAUGGCUCAAUUCUCCUGAGUUUGUGUCGUCGUACUCGAUUGGUUCCUAUGUUUAUAUCUUUCUACGGGAGACGGCAUUGGAAACUGAUUCUAAUUAUCAGUAUUCAAGAGUGGCUCGUGUGUGCAAGGAUGAUCCAGGAGGCAUGUUUUUCCUUCCAUCCGGGUGGGUGUCAUUUGUGAAGAGUCGAAUUUCUUGCGAAGUACCAUUGUCAACUCCAUCAUUUCACUACAACCAAAUCAUUUCCACUGCAUUUGUUGCAAAUGCGAAGUACAGACCUGAUGCUGCUAGUCAGAAACUGUUUUAUGCUGUCUUUAGGGGAUCAACAGGUUCUCCUUCUAGCACAGCCGUUUGUGCAUAUGGAUUGGAUGGCGUGUACUCUAACGAUCUGUCCUCUGUUUAUGAUGGUCCCUACUAUUUCUAUGACAACGGAUUCAAGACAGGAUCACCCAAUAGGUUUACGUGUUCAACUAUACGAACAGAAGGUGAUGCAAAUAAGUAUCAACUGACUGUCAACCAAGUCCAACAAGUCACCCGUUUUCCUCUCUACAGAAUAAAUGGUGCAAGUGCAACUGCUAUUGCAGUCGACCAAGUAACAUCAGACAGUCAGACAUACGAUGUCAUCUUCCUUGGUUUUGAUGAUGGAAAAGUCAGAAAGAUCGGCCACGUGAAGAGCUCAACUGGCAGUUGGGAGUCAAAAGUCAUCGAGACAAUUCAAGUGGCAGUCGGUGAGCCAAUCGUUAAGCUGGAAGUUUUGGGAAACAACGACAUCACCAAGAGGCUUCUCUUUGUUGUGAGCGACUCGAAGGUUUCACAACUGCCUCUACACAGAUGUGAUCGAUAUACGACAUGCAGAGAUUGUGUUGAAGCUCAGGAUCCCUAUUGUGGAUGGUCAUCGUCUCAAGCUGGUUGUGUCGCCUCUGACACGUCUGGUGCUGUUCAGAAUGUCUCGAAUGGCGUGUACAAGUCGAUAUGCCCGAAACCACCGACUACGUGCACAAUGAGUGUAAAGACUAGGACGUCUGAUAGUAUUACGUUGAGCUGGGUUAUGGACUCGACUCCGUCUCAACCGUAUGAUAAUCCCAGAUUCUGGCUAUAUCAGGGAGGUCAAAGUCUCAUCAAUGUCAGCAGCUCAACUUUAGAGCAUAAAAUCUCGCAAUUACAACCAUACACAAGUUACGAUUUCUCUAUCAUCCCUGUGAAUAACUACGGAGUCGGAACUGAAUGUGAACUGAAGAAUGUGAUCACUCAAGCUCAAGCUCCAAGCAAGGUCGUGCCCACAGUAAAUGUUCGAUCGUCUACUGAGACAGAAAUCCGGUGGUCAGAGCCACAACAGACAAAUGGUCCACUCAGUAAAUAUGAGAUCUAUGUGUCUGAGAACGGAGGCAGCUCAUCCCUACUAAAAACUGUAACAGACAUCAGCAAGUUUAACUACAAGGAACCACACACAAAUUUGAAACCUUAUACAAAAUAUUCCUACUUUGUGAAGUCAUGUACAGACGAUGGCACCUCACGCUGCUCCGACAGUGACAGCAUCAUGGCCCAAACCUUCAAUGAUUUUCCUUCUAAACCUCGUCUUGUUGUAGCCACAGCAGUAAGCAGUACAGAGAUGAACGUGAAAUGGAUGCCUCCUUCAGUGCCCAAUGGAAUGUUAACCGGUUAUCGAGUCAUAAAGCAACCACAUGGAGACCAAAUUCCAUCUUGCUGCAUUGGGACACAGACGAGUAUUGCUGUCCAGGGUCUCCUGCCCUACACAGACUACACAUUCACAGUUGAGGCAGUAACUUCUCGUGGUUAUGGCCCCUCUUCUGAUGCUGUUACUGAAAAGACGUCUGCUGGGCUACCUGAUGCACCAGCAGCACCGGAAUUAAUAGCUUCGUUUUACCCGGACACUCCAUAUAUUCUUGUGAAGUGGAGCAAGCCGAGGAAUCUCAACGGUCAGCUUGUUGGCUAUGGGUUGUGCCGCAGUAAUGGAACGUGUCACAUGUUUGAUGCGUCAACAUUAUCAUUCAACGACUCGAACGUUCAACCCUGCGUGACAUACACCUACUCCAUCAGUGUCCUGACGAACGGAGGAAACGCCACAAGCCCGUCAUCCCACACUCUCAUCUCCACCAUUCCCGGUUAUGUCACGAGUCUCACGUCACACGUGCUGAGCGCAUCAGAGAUACAACUAUCGUGGAAGACGCCCAACAACAUGAGGGAAUGCAUCGUCGAGUACUAUGAUGUCAUACAAGAUGGAACCCGAGUUUGUUGCCAUGGAAAUCAACUGACCUAUUUUGCAUCGACUCUGACCCCCUUUAGUGCAUACACAUUCCAAGUUGCUGCAGGAACGAUCGCAGGUCAAGGGUCAUUCAGGUCAACGUCAGCGACGACUCUGCAAGCUCGACCAGAUGCUCCGGUUAGUUUGAUGGUGACGUACUCGAAUGGCAUAGCGAUACUCACAUGGAAACCGCCCGGAGUGAAUCGUGGGACACUGACAUCAUAUAAUAUAUACAAAAACAGCGUGUUAGUCGGGACGGUCAUUGCCACUGUGACGUUGUAUAACGUACCACGUGACUUUGUGGAGCCGGGAAAAUCAGCGAAGUACACGAUCACUGCAUGGAACGAUGUAGGAGAAAGCCCGCCGUCUUCAUCGAGGGUUGUGAUGCGUGACGAGGAAGCACCCGAUCAGUGUGCAGCGAUAUAUGCUAUACAGUCGGGCGACAAUUCGGUUUUCGUCUCGUGGCUUCCGCCUGUUGUAUCAAAUGGUGUGGUGACGUCAUACACAUUGGAGUAUGUGAAGGGAGGAUCGGGCAAUGAGUACGUGGGAUUAAACCGUGAACAGAAUGUCACCGGUUUGAAAGUCGAUACGACGUAUGCAUUCAGAGUGUUUGCUACAACGGGUGGCGGGAACGGUGGCGUCAUUGUUUCGAAUGACGUCGUUGUGAAGAAGAGAGGCGGGGCGACGAUUUCGGUGUGUCCGACUGAUGGACCGACGACGCUCAGCCCAAUGCAACCGACAAAGUCACAAACGAAUCGGCCACCGACAGUUGCUCCUACGGCUGCUGAUAUAUCAGCUGCCACCGUGUCGUCACAGGAAAUCAGUUUGACAUGGAGGAUGCCGAGUUCGAUGUCCGAAUCGGAUGUAACGCGCAUUGUUAUCAAACAAAGUUCGGCGAUUUCUGGCGGUCAAAGUGAAAUCUGUUGUCAAGAUGUGAAGCGGACGUACCGAGCUGUGGGGUUAGUGCCGCACACGAAGUACACGUUUUCUCUGUUUGUUGUACUCAAGUCGGACGGCGAACGUGAUCUACAAGUUUCUGCGUCUUCUGUGACGAAUCAGGCUGCUCCAAGUGCUCCACUCAAUGUUCGCUCUGCUGUGAUUGAUAUUAACUCAAUAACAGUGGAAUGGGACGAACCGACGUCACCAAACGGUGUCAUUACGUCAUACGACGUGUAUAGAGAUGGUAACCUGGAAGACACAGUGAAUGGAUCAACGAGACAUUUCACUGUCAGUAAUCUUGAACCAUACAUGAACUACCAGUUUAGAGUGCGGGCGUCCACGGUGGCUGGUAGUGGUCCGUUCUCGUCUCGUCAUGUAUUCAGGACGAGGGAGGCCGCCCCCGGGAAGAUGAACCGACCGAGACUCGCCGCAGUCAGUACCUCAAUCAUGUACAUCACGUGGGAUCCACCAAGCCAACCGAACGGCCAACUCACCGGAUACAAACUAUACAGAAAACUGGCAACGGGUGACGACACCAACUUGUGUGGAGUGAACACGGCGACGACCGCUGUGACCGAAACGAUCAUCGACGAUGGAACUCGACUGAAUGCACGAGUCACUAAACUCCUAGUCGGGACGGCCUACUGUUUUGCCAUCCAAGCGAAAACGGCCGUCGCCUAUGGCGACGUCAGUGACUAUGUGGCUGGUAGGACGUUCGAUAUCGCAUUCGUUGGCGUCACCAAUUUUUCCUGUCCGAGUGUCAAUUUCUUCAACGAUUACACCUUGUGGAAAAACGGUCUCUCUCGGGAUCUACCGACGACCGAGGCAUCUGUGAAUCCUACGAUUAUCAUUGGAGAUCUGAAAACUGGUUCGGAUGACUCGCCCACGGUUGUCGUCAUCGUCGGUGUGAUCGCGGGAUUGGCCAUCAUUACGACGUUCGUGUUGGGCGUCAUGCUGUUUUGCAUGUGCCGGAAGGGACAGUUUGAUGUCGAUAUGGAAGUCGGGAAGGAUUUUGGGCGGCCGGUGUCUGCAACGGCUGUGAAGAUGGAUUUGCAUGGAAACAGUGACGGAAAGGCUUUUAUGAUGCAGAGUACGGGAAGCGGGACGUCUCGGGUUCAGAAUGCAGUGCCGCCUGAUGUCUUGUCGGGCACUUCGACUGGCGGUGAGAGAGUGUCGAAUGCGUGGAUGGAUACCAAUUGUAAUGGGGCACAAACAGCUGGACGUUUGGGUGUUGCCAGUGGCAUAUACGAACCAAUUGAGAAACAAAAACACGAACCACAACCACCAAGCACAGCACCACCAGACGACCUCGACGAGACAGGCGAAACACUCAACUUAACUGCAGAUACAGAAGUGAUCGAUUAUGAAGACUGUGAGACAACUGAUGUCAACGCUUAGUACAUGGAUGACCCUCCAAGUGAGCCAUGUAUAUUAUCCAUUUUACUAUUUAUAUUGCAUGCGCAUGUGCAUUUUGCUAACGGCAGUGAACUACGCUGGAAAUUUGAUGGACUUUGUUGUUAUAUUUUCUAAGUGUUUGUCAGGUGGCUACUACUUGGUCGAGAUUUGAAAGUUUGUACUAGAGUGGGUGUAUAUAAUGUUAGCUAAGGUCAACAUUCUGAUUAAGA